GUGAAAGAAAUCUGAAACUUGAAAGACAUAGCAGUAAUAACGAAGAACAAAUAUAAUCGACAACAAUAAAUAAAUCAACAAUCUACUUGCAUCAUUGUUUGUUUACCGUUUGCUUUAUCUUUCUGCUCUUGCUUUGCUCAACCUACAAAUAACGUUAUCCUCCCAUGUUUUGAACUGGAGCAGUACCAUUCGAAAAACACUUUCCAGUUUGGGAAUGGGUGCGGUUUUUUGUUUUGCGUGAGGAAUCACACUUCUGAGGGGAUUUGCGUGCAUUUUUUUCACGCUGACCUUUUUAUCUGCUCGUCCUUUGCCUGAACACAUACAAUAUGCUUCUUGGUUUUUAUGGGCUUGCUAAUCUCUCGGCAGUUUUACUGUUAGCGAGUCUUACAGGUACACAUGCUGAAUGUCCUCUUGAGCUCAACCCACAGCGAGUUGUUGUGAGGUACGGCAGCAAUGUUUCAGUGGACUGUAGCACUAAUAUCACACAUAAAGGGAUCGGGUGGGAAGCCAGUGAGGGACCAGUACCCACGAACAGAGACCAGAAUCUGAUCACCUGGAGAGUGUUGAACCUCAGACAAUGGGACAUAGAGCCAAUGUGCUAUAUCAACUAUGACAGGACACAAUGUGAAAGAAAUCUUCCAAUCACUAUUUACAAGACUCCAGAGAGCGUGUCCAUCAACACAGCUGAUCGCACAGGACCGAUGAAUGAAUUCUCCACAUAUAAACUUCAGUGUGAUGUUGUGAAUGUGGCUCCUGUUCAGAAUCUCACUGUGAAAUGGUAUAAAGGAGAGACUCUGAUGCAUAAUGAGACCUUCAUUUACUUCAUCAUGACUCCAGUGAAUACAACAUCUAUACUUCAGAUCAUUGCAGACAGAAGUGAUGAUGGAGUUCAGUACAGAUGUGAAGCAGAGCUGGAACUGGGAGCAGAAGGACCUCAACCUCCUCCAGCAGUGACAUCAGAACCUCUUCAGCUCACAGUACAUUAUCCACCACUACACAAGCUGUUCAAUGACAAUAUCAGCACAAGUGGUGGAGAGGUCAGUCUGAAUUGUACAACGGCAGCAAACCCGGCUGCUACCUACACCUGGUACUCAGAACAUCUGAAAGAGACGAGAAGCUCAUCAGUGCUCUCAUCUUCUACAUUGAGUCCAGGAAACUACACGUGCACUGCCAAAAACCUUCUAGGAAUGUCCACUAAAAUGUUCACCGUCAGAAGAACAGGUGGUCGCGGUACAUUCUGGGCUAUUCUUUUAUCUGGCCUGGGGGCGCUUGUAAUAUUAAUCGUGUCUUACACAAUAUACAAGUGUAAGACGGUUUCCCGGAGUUAUGUCAUUUAAUUGACUUGGUGACCUCAGAGUGGUACGUUUUGAGCAGGGAGACCAAUAAUAUGACUUGAUAUUAAUAAUGUAUUAUUAUUGGCUUGAUUUGAAUGGCUUUAGAAUCCCAUCAGGGGUGAUGCGGAUGUGGACAGAUGAGUUUUGUACUAACACUUUGCUUAAAGAAACCACUCGUCAAUUAAUUUACAGGGACAUGAUUGUACUCAUUAAAAACAUUACUGUGUUCAUUAGAUAGCUGCAUGUUAUUAAGCUUCUUAAAGGUACUGUGUGCUGUGUACAUUCAUCUGUGAUGAAAUGGACUGAUGUCAUAUUCUUAAAUGUCAUGUUUGAUUUGUGCAUGUCAUGUGUGAUCUGAAAACCCAUUUAUUUUUCACAAAUAUUGGGACAUUUUGUUGCAUGUAAAAUAACAUUUGGUACUGUAUAAUAUGUAUUUGUGUUUACAAAUUGAUUAUUGUUAAGUACAUUUGCUUGUUUUCUGACUAAUGAAAAGUUAGGAAUACAGCUGUAUACUACAGAGAAUGGAGAAGAACUGAAACGGAAUGAGGAAAUGCAGAUUUCCACAGACAAAGAGUGCACAGAAUGUUAGUCGUACUAAGAAAAAAAUAAGAGAUGUAAAACGACUUACUGUUGGCAUUAAUGGACACUAUUAAAUACAUGCUGCA